CAGAGAAAAAUUGACAUCUGUUGGUUAAUAUUCGAGUGAGUACGUGACUUUGAGCAACGUUGCCAUAAACUCAAAAACAAUAGAAUAUUAAAAUUCGAUUCUCAAAACACAAGAUAUCCCGUAAUGCCAUAUUUUUCCUGCAGUCAAAUAAACUCUUAUUCCAGUUUUUAUUUUUAUUUUUUUUAAAUAAUAUGCAUAGUUACAGCACAUGCAGGAAAUUGUUAUUUUAGUAAAUAGUAAAAAACCAAAAUUUGCUUGGAAUAUUUAGGAGCAAAUUUUUAUAAUUAAAAAAAAAUCGGUAUAAAGCCGAUAAAACAUUUAUUUACAAUAUUAUUAUGACUUUGUGAAUACCCCUAUGUACAAUGGAAGUACAACACUGUCGUUAAGGUUUACUAAUCUCAUGUGACAAAGAAAAUGUUAAGCCAGUUGGGACGAGAUUUAUCCACUGCCGAACAACGAAUUUUGGAUCAUCGGGCCUUUGUAAAUGGAGAAAUAAACAGUUUUCUGAAUGAAUUUGAGUUGAAACGUAACGAAGUCGAAGUGGAAACGCUCUUCAAAGUCACUGAAGUUAUAGGCGACGUAAAAUACGACCUAUACGAACGGUGCAUAGUUCUGAGUACAUCACGUUUAGAAGAACUAAAUCGAGAAGUAAAUAAUUUAUUAUUUGGUGUCGAAGACUUUCUCACCAAAGUGGAGUUGCAGAGGCAGCCCAACGAAUAUCUUAUCCAGUCUCGUAAAGAUCGUGAACAGAAAAGAGCGAAUUUUCUCAUUGAUUUGGAACAUAAGUACGAGCGAGUCAAGAACUCUUUUGAAGAAAAAGAGGAGGAAAUUGAUGAACUUUAUUCAGAUUUACAAGUAAAGUUGAACAUUCCGAAGUAAAGUUAUUCCGCGUACUAAAAGCUUAAAAAUGACAAAGAUAAGCAUUGCUGAUACCCGCGUUCGAGUACGACCGACACUGAAACUGUUGCAAUUAAUUGAGCAGCAUAAAGAUACCAUAACGGAAAUUCCAGAAAAUGUAACAAAAGUUUUAAAAACAAAUGGUUUUCAUAUUGAAAAUGGUAUUGAUUUGCUUGACUCAGAUUCGAUAAAAAAAGAACAUAUUGAUUUAAAACUGCUCCGAAGCGUUGAAGAACUCUUAGACAAAAAUGUGUCAAAAACCGAUUCCCCAAAAGCAAAUCAUAAUUGUGAAGAUAAAGAAACUGAAUUAAAUGCGACAGAAAAUUUCUUAUAUUUAUCAGAUCUUCGUUGGCUCAAAUUGUGGUUAACGCAACUGCGUGAAAAGAAAGGAUUAGAUAUUUUUUUAUAUGACCUAAUAGAAAAUUGCCGCUUAUAUUUACCAAUGAAUGAAGUCAUAAAAAGAAAUCCAGAGCUCGAAGCGCGCUGUCAGCGAUUACGCGAGCAACAACAAAAUAAGGAGUACCUAGACAUGACAAAAAACGUAGACUCAACUUUGAAAUAUGUACCCGAGGACACCAUAGCUUAUCAAGUUAAGGCCAUGAAUAGUCAAAUGAUCGCAGUAUUACAAUUUAUAUUUUCGGUUGCCGCUGGUUUUGUAUUCGGAUUUUUAGGACUGGAACUUAUUUUCGGUGGCUUAGAGUUUGGUCUUCGUUUAGUAUUAGGAAUAUUUUGCGCACUUGUUAUUGGUGUUGCAGAAAUGUAUUUCCUCCUCAAAAAACUAAACGAAGAGGAAAAAGCAAUUUCCUCUUUUAAAAAUUUAACUGACCCUGUGAAGAAUGAAAAAAUUUUGAAGCCGCACAUUGAAUAAAAUAGUUCUAUGCACAUUAUGAAAUUUAAUAGAAUUAAAUAAAUAUUAUUGUGUAUUCUUCAUAGGAAA